AUGACGAAAAACUUACCUACCGAAGUGCUUUUAUCCGUCUUAAAUAUUUUUCCAAGUGAACUGGAUAAGUUCUCAUUUGCUUAUGUUAACAAAAGGCACUGGAGGAUUUGUUCUUCGCCAACAGCAGAUACACUCAAGCUCAAAAGCACGAUCACUGCUCUGCAGCUGAGAAAGUAUUGUGCUUUUAUCAUAAAAUUCCGAUACUGUGAUAAAAAAUACAUGAAGCACGUCUUCUUGCAAGCUGCCAGUUUACACACCAUAACACUUGACGACCGUCAAAAGUUGGAAGAAGAUGAAAUGGAUAACGUCAGUGGAGACGAGCAGCUUAUUAAUAUCGCCAAAAUUGUCCCUCCAGAAGCAGUUGAGCGUGCAAAAAACAUCCUGAGACGCGAUUAUCACCUUCCUAACAGAGAAACCAUAGUCAUGAAGGAUAACCUUAGCUACAUGAUUGCUUCUCCUAUCAAAUGA